GGGACGGGAAUGGCGGCGCUGUCUGUUGAUGGAAGGAGCCCAAAGAGCCCGAAACUUUAUUUCUAGGAAAAGUUUUAAAUUAAAACUCGAUCUUUCUACAGACGCCUCGCUCCGUCGUUGAAAACGAGUAAAGGGCACAGUGUUAUUACUUCCUCUGAAAAAAAAAGCACAGCGUCAGCGGUUCGGGAGUUGAUUAGCUAGCUGUCCACUGCGCCUCUGACUUGGUGAGGCGAGCUAGCGGUUAGCGUGGCUAACGAUGUUGUAAACUGGCGUCGCAGUUUGGCUUGAACGGAGCUACAGGGACGCUAGCCUGCUAGCUACUGCCCGUAACUUAACUAGUGUGUAACCUAACGUUAAAGGUUUGGCACGCUACUAUUCUGUUCACACUUCGUCUUUGUUGUCCCGUACAUUUCACGUGUAAUUUUAGAAUAGCUGAAAAAAAAGACUGAAGAAGGAUAUUUGGCCUUUGCUAAGCGAGUCCACGCCGCGCUCAUUCGCCCUUAUCUGGACAGUCGGUAGCUGUGUGGCGAGCUAGUCGAGCUAGGGACACCACAGCCUUCGUUUCUUGCUGGCUAACGCUAGCUAGCUCGGUCGUCAUUGUAGUAUAUGCCACAAUGGAGAGUUUAACGUUAAGCGAUGUCGAGCAGAAAUAUUAUUCAGAUUUGUUUGUCUAUUGCGACGUGGACAACACUAAAAAAGUGGCAUCCAACGGCAAAGUUCUUGACCUUUUCCGAGCGGCCCAACUGUCCAACGACGUGGUACUCCAGAUUACUGAACUCUGUGGUGCCACUCGUCUUGGCCAUUUCGGCAGGAGUCAGUUUUACAUUGCAUUGAAACUCAUUGCUCUGGCCCAGUCUGGCCUGCCACUUCGUGUAGAGAGCUUAAACAGUGUCAAAGACCUGCCCCUCCCUCGCUUUGUGGUGGGCAAGAAUGAACAGGAGUCCAGGCACACAGCCAUGUACCCAGACACGGAGAAUCAGGGGCCUUACUCCAGUGUGAUUCCCAGGCCCCCAGGCAGAGUACCAGCCAAAAAAUUGUCCACCCAUGAGGUGAUCCAGCCAUGUGUGUCUGCCGUGGAGCCUCAGCCAGACACUACGUCUCCUGUAGUCUCACCUCACCAGUCCCCGCCCACCUCGCCCCAUGCCUGGAGAAAGCACAAGCGGCAGGCCAGUGGAGGGGCUGUGGACAGACCACCUGCCGUGGCAGGAGCCGCCUGGCCACCCUUUAGAGAAGCACAACCAGCAGGUGAUGGGAUGUGGGCUUCCCAUUCACCUCCUCCCGUUCAGGAAAGCUGGGUCAGUUUUACUGACACGCCUCCCUCCAGCACACUUCCGGCAGUGCACCCCUCUUCCGCUCAGGAGAGCACAACAGUACGAACAGUGGCGUCUGCAGCAACAACAAAUGAGAUCCAAAGACAGGCCAGUGGCUACGAGGACCCCUGGAAAAUCACAGAUGAGCAGAGACAGUAUUACAUUAACCAGUUCAAAACUAUUCAACCUGACCUGACUGGUUUUAUUCCUGGCUCUGCUGCAAAGGAGUUUUUUACUAAAUCAAAGCUGCCUAUUCUAGAAUUGUCUCACAUUUGGGAGCUCUCAGAUUUUGAUAAAGAUGGUGCUCUCACUCUGGAUGAGUUCUGUGCAGCGUUUCAUCUUGUAGUCGCGAGGAAGAAUGGUUAUGACCUUCCAGAGAAGCUUCCCGAGAGCCUGAUGCCAAAGCUGAUUGAUCUGGAUGACUCAGCAGGAGUCCCGGAGUCUGCCCCUGAGGUGGGUUUCUCCAGUUCUCCUGUGGAGGUGACCCCCAAUAAAUCUCCCUCCAUGCCCUCCCUGAACCAGAACUGGCCAGAGCUCAACCAGAGCAAUGAGCAGUGGGAGACUUUUAGCGAACGUUCCUCAAGCUCACAAACUCUGACCCAAUUUGAUUCUAACAUUGCACCAGCUGACCCUGAUACAGCAAUAGUGCAUCCUGUGCCCAUCCGUAUGACUCCCAGCAAGAUACACAUGCAGGAGAUGGAGCUGAAAAGAACUGCAAGUGACCACACACAUCCAACAAGUCCAUUAAUGGCUAAACCACCUGAACUUUCGGAGGAGAAAAAGCUAGCAGCAAUCAAAUUUCCUGGCAGCACUGUGGGUGACGGCUAUAGCAGCUCUGACUCUUUUACAUCUGAUCAGGAGCCUAUCUCAAGUGCUGUAACUAGACAGAGGUCUCACUCUGGGACGUCCCCUGAGGGCCUGAAAGCUGUGGCUCCACCGCCGCCCCCUCCCCGCCCCCACGCCUCACACUCGCGCUCCUCCUCUCUGGACAUGAACAGGAACUUUACCGCCGUCGCUGCAGGAACCCAGCAGCAGGCAGGAGUCGUAGCCUUUCCACCUGCUGUGCCUCCUCGACCCCUACCGACACAGACAUCAGUGCCACAUGGGCAUCGUCCUGUAGAUGGAGACGGUCUUCCAGCACAUUCCAGCACCUCGCCCCAGCAGAUGCCAGAGCAGCCCAACUUUGCUGACUUCAGUCAGUUCCAGGUCUUCGCUGUGGAGCAGCCGGUAGACGAUGGAGACACACAGCAGGAUGGCGGGCAGGUGGAGAAAGGUGUGGACGCUGCCGGGGCUGUCAGAGCGACGAAGAAUGACACACAGGCUGAGGAGCGCACUCCAGCCACUGUGAACUCUGCCAAAGGCUCCACUCCUCUCGCCCCGCCUCCCAAACCUGUCCGGCGGAGGCUCAAGUCGGAGGAUGAACUCCGACCCGACGUGGAGGACCACCCGCAGAAAUCUAGCGUUGUCCCCGGUGUCCUAGCAACCCAGGCCUCUAUUCCGCGGUCUAUUGGGAAAGAUAAAAAGGCUAUUCAGGCUUCCAUCAGAAGGAACAAAGAGACAAACACCGUUCUGGCCAGACUCAAUAGUGAAUUACAGCAGCAGUUGAAGGACUUGCUAGAAGAGAGAAUAUCCUUGGAAGUUCAGCUGGAACAGCUGAGACCGUUUUCCCAUCUUUAAGGUGUAAAGAAAGCUGUGAUGGGAAUGGUCCAGUAGAUCCUGUGGGAGGACACACAUUUCAGCCCCUUCUCCCCUGCUCCUCCAGCUGCAAUCCCCAUUUUGCGUGAAGGAGGAGUCUGCUGCCACCGUCUCCUCCUCUUCGAACUCCUCCUCGCUGCUCUCACACAUCCCAUCCUGGUCUUAGAGUGGGAUGUGCUGAGAGACGGGGGAUAGGGAUGUAGUACGUUUUGGCACUUUUGAAGAAACCGAGUGUUUGCCGUUAUUAAUGUCAGUCCUCUUGUCUUGUGCAGAAUGGAGUUGGCUGGUGCCCACUGCUGAAUGUGGGAAGUAGGGGGUGCUGUUUAAGACCCCCUGCUCACAGUGAUGUUUCUGGGGGCACAGUGGUACCCCAGCAUGCUCUGAUAAUCGUGUUAGCCAAUGGGCCAGAUGAUCAGAGGAGGGGACUGACUUUGGGAAGAUUAUGCUCCGUUUCAGAAGUACGUUCAUGAAUGAUUGUGCUAGGCACGCAAUCAUAGUUCUUGUAACCUCCCUAAUCUGCUAGUGGAGGUCACGUCUAUGCGUGUGUGUGCGCGCGCGUGUGUGUUUGUGUGUGUGUGCGCACGCACGUGCGCGUGUGAGCAACGGUUACAAAUAUAAGGCAUAAUGCAACAAAGACUGCUCUAUUUUCUUCUUUUAACAUCUGUGGUAUAACAAAAUGAUUUUUUUUAAAACCUUGUACAGUCAUUGACCUAGUGUAACAACAGAUAUUUUAUUAGUGGGCCUCCACCCGACUCCCUCAUAAGGACGCUGCCUAUAGUGUACCUCACAUGUCUGAACAGUCUGAAUGCUUCAUGCUUCAGGAUCCUGCUUCCCUGUGAUGUCACCUAUAAAUGUGAGACCUGAGAUGGAAUGACUGCUAUUGUCUCCUUGCCAUUCUUUUGUCUGUCCUUUUACUCCGUAACACAAUUUUUGCAUGUUGUUUGUGUUCAUAGUUUAUAUAAAACUGCUCUUACAAUUGAACCACUUAAUUUGUGUCCAUUAUCUCAACUAGUAUGACUUUUACGUUGUUAUGCUGAUUUAAAUUCUUGUUUGGUUUUUACUUGGUCGGUUGGUCGGUCAUUUGGUGUCUUUUCCGUUUUCUCAUAAUUCCAUUUCUACCCACCUGUCUUUGAAGCCUUAUUCUAGUCAUUCAGGUUUUCACACCAGUGCUCCCCCAAACUGUGGAAUCAAGGUGAGCCUUCCUUUCCUGCUGUUCAGGUCGAUGUACUGUAUAAGGGGUUGUUGUAUAUUGUAUGAUAUACAUCUUUUGAUCUCGUAUGUAAAUUUGCAUUAAUUGCUGACUAACAGCAACUAUUCUAUUUAAUUGCUUAUAUUAUGGCUGUGGGAUCAUAGAUGUUUAACUGCAUGGAUGUAUCUCUGCAGAAUGAACUAGCAGCUGUGUGAUUUUUACACAAAAUAAAGAUGGCACAAUAUUUUAAUAACUUAUCCUUUAUUGUCCAUUUGCAUUGGAAGAUUUUUGUUGAUAGGAGGUCCAGAGUUGCUGUAGGUAAAUACAACAUUAAAUAUUUAAAGGGAGCAUCUUUUCACAGAGCCUUUUGUGAAGUACUCCUGCAGUUUACCUUUGUUACCAGCUGAAUGCGAGAUUGCAGUUUGAGGUGUGUAUUAUAACAUCGACAUGUCUCGUUAAGAGUUGUGCCUGCUGCCGCGGCCCAGUGUAAUUUCGCUGUGAAGUGGCAAGAGUCUGCACUCUACAGGCAAAGACGGGGGCAGUAGAGCCCUUCUCAUCUCUGAUUCUCUGAUUUGCCAGAGGAAAAUGACUGGG